CCACUAUUCCGGUUUGAACCACAGUUUCUCCGGUGUGAGGUUGUCGGUUUCGAACGUGGAAGCACCAUAUCUAUAGUGGAUGUCAUAUACAACCUGACGGUGGACAGUCCUGUUGAGAAGAGGACGUACGAUCUAGUCUACAAUGCAGUCGCAAAUGAAGAGAUUCUCAUUGAAGGGAUGGCUGUAGAUGUACUUUACAUCGCAAUUGAACAAGGCACGUCGUUUGUUCCCGUUGCGUUCUGCCACAACAACACCUGUCAGAACCACGCCACCUGUCUGCUGCUGGGGAACAGCACCUCGUGCGUGUGUCAGGACGGCUUCGUGGAGAACGGUACUGCAUGUCUGCCCGCGUGUGACGAGGGGUACGUCUGUAGGGACGGGAGCGCGUGUCAACUGGAAGAGGGACUGCCGACAUGCACGCCUGUACCUGACGACACGGGACUAGACGACCGCACGCUGUGGCUGCUGAUCGCUGUGGGGUCCGGUCUGGGCGCGCUCCUGCUGCUGCUGUGCGGCAUCACCGUCUGCCGGGCCGUCUACAUCAAACGGAGACGGACACGCAAGUGGAACAGGUACGUUGUCGAGGACGGGCGCUCUUCACUGGGAUUCGUGUGGAGGAGAAAGAGAACUCAACGUCCCGGCAGCGCUUUUGGAGGUCCUAACCUAGACUUGGCUUGGGACGACUUUCACUUCGGCUUCAGCCCGUCCUACCUGACCGGCGGGAGCUACACCUCUCCCGCCGCCGGCUCUACCAGCCGCUACCCCGUCCGCCUUCCCCGCUUCCUCCCGGACACACCGAUAUCAAGUUCCUCCUCCAGCGGGACAUCUGGGAGUCAGUACGGAGGGGGUUUGUUCACUCAGGUCCCUAGCCUCGGACCUCGGACGUACUUGUCUGGGGAUGAUGGACUUGAGGAUGAGCCGUCUCCAACCAGGCAACCAGCAUAUCUGCCUGACGGAGAGCCUGCCGAGGAUGCCUGGGAUCGUGACUACGGUCGUCCUCGUCUGAUUGACUACAGACCCCGCAUCCCAAGGCUCCGGCCCGUGUCUCAGCAACGGGGGAGACCGGAACAGCAGUCGGGGAGUCCGUACGUUGGUUCCCGCCGGCUGGGAGGGGAGGUGUACCUGCAGGGCCUGGGCAGCGCCUCCUGUAGGUUCGCCCUGCCCCGCUACCUGCCCCGGCCCCCGCAGACGCUGCCGGCAGAAGACGAGACGUACCCGAGAGCGGAACGAGGAGGACUCUACACGGAAACUUUUGGCCCUGAUAGAAGCUUCAAGAUCAAGCGGCCUGCUAUGAGCUACGCACCGUACGGAGUCUACAGGGUCAUUCCGGAAUCCAACCUGUGAGAACGAAGCAACCUUCCGCAUCAUCUGUCAGAAAUACGUCAUACAACAAGCUGGUCUUCUGAUCUACCAUUAUAUAACUUGUAUUAACCACCUGAUAUAGAUAUCUGUCCUAAGGCCACGCCAAUUCAAUUUGUUGGUUCUCGGAUUCGCCUCUUCGUUUUUUUUUCUGAUUUGCAAAAAAGAUUCUGCUUCUGAGUCAACUCAAAAAUAUAUGUUUAUUUUACCCCCAACAGUUAA